GAUUUUAACAUCACCUCCCGCACCGUCGCUCGGCUUGUUUUCGAGGCCGAACAGGAUAAUAGAAACGUUGGAAACUCGUCCAAUGGGAGGUAGUUUCCUCCAGGUCUGUUCUUAUCCGGACCUCCAGCUCUUACAAGGAUGAAAUAAGUGGACCAUCGAGCCAAGAGCCGCAGGCGGCUGCUGAAGAGAGGGAAACGGCGCUCAGAUGAAAUUUUAGCCGAUCUUUGUCGCACGGUGAUGACUAAAGGACAGAGUUGAGAAACUUGUAAAAUUAUCUGACAUUGUCAUCUGUCAGAUUUUCUGCUGUAUCAUUUCCCACACUUUCCUAACUUUCCCUUUUUUGACAGAUUAAUUGUAAAAUUAAAAAGCUUGUCGGAUGUGAGGAAAGUUGGUUUACUUCACAGGAAAUAUCACCCACCCAAAAAGGAAGUUUUUUUUUUUUUGUAAUUUCCCCUUUUGACUCUUAAGAUCAGCAUCAGAAAACACAUCAUGAUAAGAAUCAGCUCUGAAGAUCCAGCGGGUCUUUUUUCUUUCAGUUGAGUCAUUGAGAACAUGAAGGCCUGGAAACCUCUGAACAUGACCACGUCCUCUCCUGUCAUACCAGAGGGUUUCUCUCUGACUCAGCCCAUCCCCGUCCCAACGCUGACCAUCCUGCCGCCGUCUUCCGACACAGAGUCCUGGUCUCGCUCCCCCAGCCCCAGACUGUCAUGCUCCAGCCGCCUGAGUAGAUCCCACCGCAGCAGGACCCGAACCAAGAGGCAAACCCGAGAAGAACAAGGUUGCGCCCAUAAGAUGCACCGAGUUAAAGCGCCUCAGAUUGUUGUAGAAAGGUCUGCAGAGAGGGGACCGGUUCGCCAGCGGAGCCCCUCGCCCUCCCCCUCUGCAGCCUCUCAGAUGGAGGGAGUCAGGCAAGGUCAGGACAACCUCUCACAUGACCUCCUCCUGCCGCCACCUCGCUCCUGGUCUCGCAGUCCCUCGCCCAGCCGGCGUUCUCGUUGGUCCCUCCGGAGCCUGCUGAGCAGAGACUCUGACUGGGACAGCUGCAGUACGGCCAGUAACUCUCCACGCAGCACCCCCGGCAGCUCCCCCUCCCUGCGGCGCAGGGUCCUUGGGGGAGGCAAGGCCAGCGAAAGUGAAGGAGGAGGUGAGAAGAGCAGCGGAGGAGGAGGAGGUUGCGACAGCCCGCUCCCCUCCAUACCCUCCGCCUCCUCUCUUUCAUCUGCAUACCCGCUUGCUUCUCGCCACUUCAGUCGCAAUGCCAAGAAAAUGCAGAGCUGGUACAACGUUCUCAGUCCCACAUACAAACAGCGGAAUGAGGAUUUUCGUAAAAUCUUUAAGAAACUUCCGGACACGGAGCGGCUCAUAGUGGACUACUCGUGCGCUCUGCAGAAGGACAUACUGCUGCAGGGACGCCUCUAUCUCUCUGAGAACUGGCUCUGUUUCUACAGCAACAUCUUCCGCUGGGAAACCACUAUCACUAUUCUGCUAAAAGACGUGACGUCUAUGACCAAGGAGAAGACUGCCAAGCUCAUCCCGAAUGCCAUCCAGAUCUGCACGGACAACGAGAAGCAUUUCUUCACGUCGUUCGGAGCGAGGGAUCGCAGCUUCAUGAUGAUUUUCCGUCUGUGGCAAAACGCCUUGUUGGAGAAGUCUCUGUCCCCCAAAGAGCUGUGGCACAUCGUGCACCAGUGUUACGGCACCGAGCUGGGCCUCACGAGCGAAGAUGACGACUACGUCUCCCCCACUGCUGAACACAUGAAUGGCCUGCUGCCAGGAGAAGAGUCAGUGUCGGUCACAGAUCUACUAGACCUGAGCUCGGUGUCGGUUCCCUCCACCGACAGCACUCCCCCUCCCCUGGUGCCCUGCGGUACGGCCAGGUCCCCCUCAGCCACCAGCCUCAGUGGGACUUCUCCGGCCUCCUCCAUGUCCUGUCUGCCCAUAGAGGUGCCUUCCUCGUCGGGACGCAGUCUCAGCUCUGAACCUCUGGAAGCCAGCCCGCCCAGCUCACUGCCAUCCACCACGCCCACCAACACCACGGCCUCUGCUGCCGCCUCCUUCAAUCUGGAGGAAGGAGGAGACAGUCUGUCAGAAUCAGCCAAUCACAUGCUUCCCCCACCGACCACCAGUCAGGGAAACCUCUCCUCAUUGGACAUCGCCAACGACGAAGAGCUGCCCACAGACCCCAGCAACUCGUCUGACACGCAGGAAGAUGUUUCAGGUGAGGUGGAAUCGUUCUGUUCUGACCUCAGUGGACGGCUCAACAUCAACACUGUGGUCCGCAUGAGCGUGGACAAGCUGCACGACCUGCUGUUCUCUGCAGACACACACUUCAUCCAGCACCUCUUCUCCCAGAGACACUUCACUGACCUUUCGGUGGGGGAAUGGCAGCAGGACGGCAGCAACGGGACCACCAGCCGCGUGCUCAGCUACACCAUCGCCCUCAACAACCCUCUCGGCCCGAAAACCGCCCCUGUGGUGGAGACGCAGACGCUGCAUAAAAGCUGCUCGCGGGGUGAAUGCUACGUGGUGGACUCAGAGGUCAUCACGUCAGGCAUCCCCUACCAGGACUACUUCUACACCGUCCACAGAUACUGCCUCACCUCCAUCAACAAACACAAGAGCCGGCUCAGAGUUUCCUCGGACAUCUGCUACAGGAAGCAGCCGUGGAGCCUGGUGAAAGCGCUGAUAGAAAAGAAUACUUGGAGCGGCAUCGAAGAGUACUACCGACACAUGGAGAGCGAAGUGUGCAAGCUGGAGACGCUGCUGCAGACCGAAGUUACCGUGGUAACCACAGGGGAAGCGGUGGGUGCCGACGCCACCAAGACCCCACCUUCCCUGCGCCGCAGGAAACGCGCCUGCUCUCGGCGACAAGGUGAGAGGGACAGAGAGAGGGACAGAGAGAGGGACGGAGGAGGCGUUGGCUCCGGAGACCGAGGGGACCGAAGAGUCUCAGAGGAGAGGGACCGGAGAGAAACCGGCGCUUCGUUUAUGAAGCUGGGGCAGCGUGCACGUGUUGGCGGGCAGAACGGCAUCUCCACCAUCCUCCUCAUCGUCAGCUUCAUGAUCUGUAUCAGCCUCGUGGUGCUCGUGGCUCUCAACAUGCUGCUGUUCUACAAGCUGUAUGCUCUGGAAAGAGCGGCUCACACACUGGAGAGGUGGCACUCCUACUCUGUGGCGGACAGUCCUUUGCCGCAGACGGCGGGAGAGUGGGCUCAGGUUCUCCACCUCCAGCGGCAGUUUCACCAGGCGCAGCUCAGCAAGUGGCAGCAGAUCCUGCAGUCCUCCGUCACGCUGCUCGACCAGAUGAAGCAGUCUCUGGAAAAACUCCACCGGAACAUCAUGGUCCCAGAGGUGCAGCAGGAUCCAUCGGCCGAGACCCUCACAGAGACCCUGACUGAACCCUGACCCCACCCACCCCUAAACCCCAGACUCUGGGACACCAGAAUCUGGGUGCUCAGGACCCUCAUUUCCAAAUCAAGUGCAGUGUGGGACAUACCGGGGGGCUACGUCACCCACAUUUCUCCUUUCCUGACCAACUUGAAAUGGCAGUGGACGCCUUCAGCUUCAACCAGUUAGAAGUCACUCAGACUGGAACUGAUCAGGACCACAGCAAUAAUCACUGCAGCUGCAUGAACACGGGCCACUGGUGGGCCCAGUCACUCCAUCCACCCAAGUCCUCCCAGAACCAGUUCAUCUCAGCGCUCCUGCUGCCCCUCUGACCUGCUGCAUUUCACCGAGAACUUCUCCAACAAGCAACAUCCGGCUCCCCGUCCGUCCUCAGGGAGGGAGGACGGGAACUGGACCCGCUCCCAGCUCAGACUGGUUCUGGAACUGUCUCAGUAUUUAUUUUCACUCGACUCCAAGUCCAGUCCUGCUCUGAAGAAGUCAUGUGAUGGCUGUUUUGUGCUCUGUGUUGAGCUUUGGACCAAGAGGACGAUUAGAGUCACAGCAAUAACAGAAACCCGGAUUCUAGUUUGUUUUGAAUGUUAGAAGCAAAGUAGGAUAUAAUAAUAAUAAUAAUGAGAAUAAUAAUAUUAUAUAUAUUGUGUGUGUGUGUGUGUGUGUGUGUGUGUGAGAAAGAGCAAAUGAAGGCAGCAAAACAAGUAAAGAACAUUUCAAGCUGUGUUUGUGUGUGUGUGUGUGUGUGUGUGUGUGUGUGUGUGAGAGAGAGAUCACUGUUACAUUUUCACACCUUUGUUUAGGUUUUGUUGAUCCUUUUUGUUUGUGUUCGUAUCGGAGUUUCAGAGUUCUGCUCACCAGAACCGGGCCGGCUCGCUUACAACCAGAAGGACCGAGCAGAACUUCGCAGGCCCGGUGAUGAAGAAGGGAAACCAUUUUGCAGUAUUUUUUUCUUUUCUUUGUGUGAGAUUAAUCAGAAUCACUCGUCUUUUUAUUCAGCUGCUUUUUCUUUUUCUAUCGUUCUGAUUUUGUGUCUUUUCGUCUCGGCUUCAUUUUCCCUCCGUGAUGUAAAAUAAAACCAAGCUUCUUUGUCAUCUCAUCAUCGUCCUCUCUGCGCUCGUCCCGCUCGGUCUCCGUUUUUCCUCCCGGUGUUGCGGCUGCAGAAGCAUGAAGGCCCUGCUGUGCACGGCCAUCCGCGGAUAACUCAAGGGUGUCCUAUUUAUUUAUGGAGGGAGGCGUGAGGAGCAGAGAUGAGAAUGUACUGUAAAAUUGUGAUUGUACACCACGAACAUGGAGAGAAAUGAAAAGUUCUAAAACAUG